GGCUCAGCUCUGGGCAGCAGCAGGUCCCUUUGGAGCUGGCUGGAGCUGGCCCUUAUCUAAAAUGGGGCAGAUUCUGGAUUCUUCUCACAGAAUCCACCCCUGCAGCCCCAUGCUACCAAAGCCUUGUCACGUAAACUCACUACACCUAGAACUAGAUUUCCUCAAGACACGAUACACAUAGUAGCACGUAGUGAGCUGGGACAGGGCUUCAGAUAUAAAUUGGAAUAACUGACUUUUUAUAAACCAAGAACAACAGGCAUACGUGAGAUGCAAAUACCUUAGAGAUACCCAGGCCUGUGUGGGUACUUAAACAUGUGACUCCACAAAGAAAGUUAAACCGACUUUACCUGUAUCUUCUGUGCUUCAUAGGGGCCGCUGAGCUGCAGGCUCUGGUGGUGGUUGGAGCUAACGGCUAUGGGGCACUGUGGCAGCCAUUAGAGCCGUCAGGGUGCGGGCAGGCGGGGGCGAGGGGUGGGUGAGGGUCCGGAGUGGACCCGCAGGUCUGGGGGCAUUUGCAUGGUGGGGUGUGUUUGUCUGGGACUGCUGGGUGUGUGGAGCUGUCCUUGAGGUGAGGUGGGGCCUCCUCACAUGUGCUCAAAGGUCCAUAUGUGUGUCUGGAAGCUCAUGGACACCUGGGCAUGCUCACGGAGUGGGCCUGUGCAGCUGUGCGUGCAGGUCUUUAAUGAAAUGAAUUAGUCAAAGGAGGAAGCAUCAGGGCAAGAGUUCUCACAUUGGCCAUUAUGCCCCUGUCUGUGAUCUGAAAGAAGCAGUUCUAGUGUGACUGACAGGAUAGUUCAACCUCGGGACAUAUAUGCUGGUUGAGUUGUCAAAUAGCACUGCCAUUGGAGGUGACAUUCAUGUUGGCACCUUCCUUUUGCCAGGACAAAGACUACCAGCUUAACCAAGAACUUUGGAAAUCUCCACUCCAUUUGCUCUUUUAUUAUUCAGCUUAGUUCCGUUUGAAAGCUGAAGUCAAGCUUCACCCAAGAAUAUGUCAGGCAAGAAGAAAGAAAUCCAACUUCAGGCCACAAUAACCAAUCAAAAUGAGUGGGAUGAAAUGUUGCUGACAAAAGGUGUAGUAGUAAUAGAUGUAUAUCAAGCUUGGUGUGGUCCUUGCAAAGCUGUGGUAAAUUUAUUCAGAAAACUGAAGAAUGAGUUUAGUGAAGAUGAUGUGUUGCAUUUUGCAGUGGCAGAGGCUAACAGUAUUGAGACUCUGCAACCAUUUAGGAAUAGAUGUGAACCUGUUUUUCUCUUUUGUGUUAAUGGCAAAAUUAUUGCAAUGGUGAGAGGUGCAAGUGCUCCUCUUAUAAGUAAGAAAAUAACAGAGCUAGUACAAGAAGAGAGGGAAAUUGUAGCUGGACAGAAGGAACGCCCUGAGGUAGAUGAACUUACUUUCCUAGAAGAGAAAUCAUCAGAAGAUUCUAUUGAGGAGACUGUACCUGAGGAAGAAGUCACAUACUCUGUUGGAAUUAUAAAACCUGAUGAUGUCUUAGAAGGACAUGUAGAAGAAAUUAAACAAAAGAUUAGAGAUGCAGGAUUUGGCAUUGCAGCAUCAGAAGAGAAAAUGCUAACUGAAGAACAAAUCAGAGAAUUCUAUACCCAGAAAAAAGAACAGCAUGAUUUUGAUGAUUUUGUUCAGUUCAUGAUGAGUGGACCAUGCCACAUUUUGCAAAUAACUAAAAAAAAAGGAACUGAUGCUAUUCCUCUCUGGAAAGAACUACGUGAAUCACUUGAAAGCAUUCCUGAUGAGUCUGGAAAGUCAGAAAGACCAGAAGAAACUCCGGAAACUGAGAGUAUAUUAAAUAUGUGUGAUGUGCAAAGCAGUAUAGAAGAUGCCAGCAGGCAACUUGCCUUCUUUUUCCCAAAUUUUGGUCAAAAGAAGACAGAGCAAAAAUUUGAAAAGACUUUGGCCUUAGUUAGACCUUGUCUUCUAAGGGAAAGACGAGAUUCUAUUAUACAAAGAAUAAAGGAUGAUGGCUUUGAAAUAGCAAUGCAGAAAGAAAUAAACCUAUCUGAAGAACAAGCACGUGAAUUUUACAAAGAGCAUGAAAAUGAAGACUACUUCCCUUUCCUGCUAGAGCAAAUGACCAAUGGUCCAACUCUUGUACUUGCUCUAACGCGAGAAAAUGCUGUAGCACACUGGAGAAAUUUAUUAGGUCCAAAGACUGUUGAAGAGGCUAAGAAGGAAAAUCCAAACAGUUUACGUGCACAGUAUGCAGUUGACAACAUACCAAUUAAUCAGCUGCAUGGUAGUUCUUCACCUAAUGAUGCUCAGAAGGAAUUAGAGUUCUUCUUCCCCCAGGAGCACACUUUGGCAUUGAUCAAACCUGAUGCUGCUAAGAAGCAUAAAGAUGACAUUAUGCAAAAAGUUAAAGAUGCUGGGUUUACCAUCUCAAAGAUUAAAGAGGAAGCUUUAACUCGUGAAAUGGCUACAAAGUUUUAUAAGGAUCACGAAGGAAAACCUUUUUUUGAAGAGUUAGUGGCACUUAUGACUGAGGGCCCAUCAGUGGUAAUGGUCUUAACAAAGGAAAAUGCUGUGCAAGAAUGGAGGCAACUAAUGGGUCCAACAGAUCCAGAAGUAGCAAAAGAGAGCUCUCCUGAAUCAAUUCGGGCUCAGUUUGCACAAGAUAUUUUGUCUAAUGCUGUUCACAGAUCAUCUACUAGAGAACACGCACUGGAAAGCAUUGAGUGUAUAUUUGGUGAGAUUGAUAUAAAUUGAACAAUUAAGACACAAUCUCUGAAAAGUUGUAGUCAAGUUAUUAGAUACAUUUGUCUACCCAACCACCUGCAUUUAGCACAUAUAUAUACAAACCCAUUUUCCUCCAUACUCUAUCAGUUUUUUUGUUAUCAACCAAUUUCUAUAUAGCAGAGCAUAUCAGUGUAACAAGUAAUGACUGCUAGAAGUCUGAUGUUAGUAAUGAUUUCUUUAUAUAUGCUUCGUAGGUAGUUUUUCUUUUAGCACUUUAACAAAUGUAUGCCUUUCCAGUAGUCCAAGAGUCUGAGGUGUUUUUUGUAUAGCUACCUUAAAAACAGGGUCAAUAAAGAAAGGUCCUGAAAACACUAUUAGUGACACAUCUGCUGUGAUGUAAUUAGAGUCCUUCAGUUCAGGCAGCCUACAAAGGAGAAAUGCUAAAAGGUAGUGGAGGUGCAGUUACAACAUUGGCAGGGGGCAGCAGCAAGUGUGGGAACGCUCAAGUGAGAAUGGGCCAGGAGCCAAGGAUGACUGAAACACAGGGUGUGCCCUCACUGGUGGGAGCCAGGGUCCUAGCAGAACUGGGUAGACAAGUCCAUUAACAGCCCCAAGCAAGGCAAGGCAAGUUAUGAACCAGGUCCAGCACCAAUUCAAGGGUCUAGUCAGGAGCAACAGGCAAGGGAGCCAGAGACAGGUACUACAACAUAGCUCAGGCAAGGAUUAAGCCCAGGUCUGAGCUUAAAGGGGCUCCUUGGCCCAUUUGGCAUGGGUGUGAAUCACAAGAGAUUGCUCAGGGCUAUUAAGGCCUACUGGCUCCCUCAGGGCCCUUAGAAAAAAAUGUAUUGCUUGUUUAUCCUUGCCCUAAACAUCUAAUGGUAUCUAUCACAAGCAGGAUAAUAGUCUAGAUGGCCCUUUCCAGCCCAGUUGCUCAAUUCACAUAUAUCAGAAGAAGCAAAAUAUAAAGUCACCUCUUAUGUACAGCUACUCUUGAAAUAUACAUCCUUGCCAAACUAGUGAAUUUGUAUCCUGUCUCAGUCUAAUUUGGCUGGCUUUCAAGAAGAACACAAAUAUUCUUCAGUAGCUAAUACAUUCUAAUUUUUACCACCCAAGCCUGUGGAAGGGUGAGAUACUAAAGAAUGUUAUUCAAUUAAAGCAGUUUACGUUACAGCAUUGAUUAAAAGUAGAAAGUCCAGAAUGAAUGAAGUCUUCUCACACUUCUCUUACUGUUCCUAUUGUAUUUGAUGUGACUAGCUGUUUUAAAGAGCUUCCUGACAAAUAUUUAUGUUGUGAUGGGGCAUUUGUUAUUAUAGACAUUCCUCUAGCAGAAGUUGGACUGAGCAUUCUCCUGGUGGCCCAUUUUCACCUACAGCUGCUUUACUGCAAUAAACUCUACUCGAGGCAAGCUUCUAGGAUGUUUUGAUUAGUGCAGAAUUUAUAUGUCACCUCGGUGAGCUGACUUCAGAGAAGCAUACCUCAGAAUUGCUGUAUGUUUUUUUUUUUUUUUUUUUUUUUUUUUUUUUUUUUUUUUUACUUCAAAAACCAACUAAAACUGUUCUUCCUGGGAUUAUUUCAGUACUCUGGGUCUUUUGGGUGUUGGCAUGUUAUACCUUAAACCAAGAAGCAGUCCCAGAAAAGGCCUGAAUAGAGCAAUUUCCGAUGCAUCAAUUCAGUUUAUUUCCCAAGAUUUUUGUUAAAGUUAGAGGCUUUUCUACCAACAGGGCAAAUACAAUGUUGAAAGUUUAGAUGGGAUUGAUUUUUGACAGGACAGGAAACUCUGAAACAACAAACUAUGUUUAUGUCUUACUAGAAGUUCAUGAAACUUCUGAUGUAAGUUCACAGCCAAAUAGUACAUGAUCUAUACGUAUCAUACACAAGAUUUGAAUACUGUAGAUUACGUAGUGUACUGGUUUUAGAAAUUUCAGUUAGCUGUAUGGGUACACUAGUUCUGCCUGUUUAACUGUGAUGUAACUGAAUAUACCAAGUUCUUGUCUUUUAACUAUUGCUCUUCAUCCUCUAUUACAUCACUCUCAAGCAUUUUUUUUCUGUUUGGUUGAACUGUUGAAGGACUGCAUUUAUUUGGGUUCAUAUAUUCAUGUGCGUCAGUUUUGAUCCCUGUUUUGUGCUUGCUUAAAAUGAUUCAGUAGAUUACAUUGAAAUAUUGUGCGAUCUGUACCUAAUAUCUCAAUGUAAUUUACUGAAUGUUAGGUAUAGAUAGUAAAAUAUGUUGAACUCAAAUUGAAAUUUGGGAACGUUUAAUUUGUUAAUGUAUAUUUGCUUCUCCUAAAUAUCUUCUUGAUAUUAAGGUCUUUUAGCAGCUUUGUAAAAAAGUAAUUUAAAAUAUACAUUUCAAAACAAUAAAAAUAAUUCUGUCAGCUGAUGGAGAUUCAGAUUCAUGAAGGUUGUGUCUCUUUGAGAUUAAGACUUCUGUAGAGUUAUCAAAAUGUCAAGAAUUCAGAAGCAUGCACGUUGAAAUACUGACAAUAUUUUAGCAGAUUAUUUUAUCUCUUUAAAAGUUUAACUCAACAUUUAGAUGUACACACAAUUUAGACUGACAUCCACUAUUCUUUAAGUUUUAUAUUACUGGGACAUAGACAUGGAUGUGAUGUUUAAGAGUUUGAGCACUGUGAUGAGGUAGACAAGCAUUUGCAUUUACAGACUCAGGAGGAAUGUGUUCCAACAUAAACUCCAUUGAGUAUCACAGAUGAAAAUCUUCUUGAAAUUACCUUUAUAGAGCUUCUCUGGCUAUAAAUCUUACAGA